GGCAACCCAAGCUUCACACAGCGUUCUUCACAUCCGUGUUCCACAGCCACAAUCACAUGCCUGAAUCCAAGUUGUCAUAUUAAAAUAUGGAUAUUAAUUUAUUAUUGACGCUGUUGUUUCUGGCCACAGGAUGUAUGGCAGCUCAGAGGCGCCAAGGAGAAAGGUUUUACAAGCGAUCCAGAAGGCGGAACAAUCAUGUUUUUCGCGCUACGGGUGAAGGUCGACGGGGAAAGAUGAGGAGUGCUAUGUUGCAGGCGAUGCUGCCGUAUGAAGCCGUUGAGAACGUCCCGGUCAAGGAGAGGAUGGACGUGUCCCUGUGGCAGACCAGGAGUCACACGAAACCAAAACGACGUCGUUCAAAGAGAUGGAUUCCAGAUUUUCCACGUGAUACACAUGUGGCCUACAAAACGGAGGCAAGAAACAGAACACAGGGUCAACCAUGGCCAUUACCACGUAACUUCCGGUCUGACUCCAACAUGGUUUAUCAGCUAGAUACUAACUUCCGGUUUGUUAUUAGCCCGUCGUCUCGGUCGUGUGUGACGCUCAGAAAGGCACUGAGACGCUACUACGUCAUUAUUACGGGUCGGCCGCCCAGUACACAAUCAGUAGUCAUCAGAGACCAGGGAGAGUUCGAACCUUCUAUGGAACCAGGCAACCCUGCUCGUCUGCACAACGUGGUGGUGUCAGUGCUAUACUCGUGCAGUGAGACGUAUCCAGAACCAACUGCCAAUGAAACAUACACAUUACAGAUCAACAACAACUCGGCGUCCAUCACGGCCGGUGAGGUGUGGGGAGCUUUGAGGGGCCUGGAGACAUUGUCCCGGCUGGUAUAUCUAUCAGAUCACAGGCAGCCGUGUGUUCACAUGACCGACAUUGUGGACUUCCCCCGGUUCCAUCACCGCGGCGUCAUGAUCAACACCGGCACACACUUCCUCCACCCAACAACAAUCAAGGAGAACCUGGAGGUCAUGGAACAGAACAAGCUGAAUGUCCUGCACUGGCGCUUGGUAGAUGACCAGUCCUUUCCCUGGGUCAGCAAAUCAUAUCCUGGCCUCAGGAACAAGGACUCCUACAAAGACGUACGACGCAGCGGACUUUGCGGAUAUCGUAGAGUUUGCCAGACAGAGGGGCAUCCGGGUCACACCGCCUCUUGGGGAAACGGCGUCCCCGACGUCGUGGUCGACUGUGCCGACGACAACUUGCACCGGGUGCUCGACGUCAGCAGUAACGUCACGUACACGGUGUUGGAAGGGUUGUGGGAUGAUUUGCUAACAGCGUUCCCGGGACGUUACGUGCAUCUUGGAGGGGACGAUGUGCCCAUGUCGUGUUGGGCUAAAUCCAAAGAUAUCGUUAGAUUCAUGGAAAGAGAAACAAUUGAAGAUUACAGAGAAGUACAGAAUUAUUUCACUACCAGAUUGUCAAGUAUUGUGAAUCAGCUGGACAGCAAGAGGACGCUUGUGUUCUGGCAGGAUGUACUGGACAUUGAAGUCAGUAUAGAUGAACAAGCCAUAAUUCAAAUAUGGAAACCUUAUCCCAAGGCCGCCAUGGCCUUAGCGGUCAGCAGAGGUCAUCGGGUCAUCUACUCCAGUCCAUGGAGUCUGAACUACGUCACAUCCGAUAUGGACUGGUCGAAGUUCUACUUGGCUGAUCCGCUGGAACAUUCAGUUGCAGCCACCGAGGGGAGAUGGUGGUUGGCGGGGAGGCCUGCGUCUCAGGGGAACACCUAG